ACUUUAUACUGUUUGUCCUUGAGUACACUGUCAUCCCUAAAGACUUGAAGAAUGUGCCACUCAUGUUCUGUCGCCACAUGUAACCUGGCUGCAGCCUCAGAAAUAAGAGGCCCCUUGUAACCUAAUCGAUUGCCGAGCAGAGAGGUAGACUGGGUCCACACUCAGUGAUCCGUUUCUCUGUGUCAGACGAACUUCCCAGAAUAGCAACUCGGGCGGGUUGUCUGCUGCUGUGCGCCGCUCGGGAGGAGAUGGAGGAGGAAGUCAGCGGUGGAUUUAACAACUGUUGCUUUUGUUGCUGCUGCGGAACCAAACUACCUUUCAGUCCGCGCUGCAUGGCGCAUGUCGGGCUAGAAUGAAGUCUUCACCAAGCCGAGACAUUCAGUGUGGAGCAGUGUGCAAGUUCAUGGGGAUAUAUAAACUCCUACGUGUUUAAGGGAGGUGGAGACAUCUUAUCACCCCCUCCCUCCGUCCUUGGCUGAAAUCACCAACUAAUUUUGCACAGGGGAGACACUUGAAGCACUCCCAAAGCACUUGAAAUGGAGGCUCCCGAUGGCUACUGUGCUAGUAACGGCCAGUGCUCUCCUGGUAAGGAGAAUUCGAGAAUGUUGGCGGAUGUGUCAACACCUAAUGGACAGACACUUCCUCAGGGUCCUAAUUCCCCCAGUGAAGUGACAAUUAAGCAAGAGGAAGAAACAGCGGAAGAAGCUGACAACAGAAGCCCAGCACUUGAAGAAAUAGGCCAAACACAAGAGGAGGGAGUUGCAUUGGAGGAAUCCAUGAGUGGCAGCCCAAACAACGUACAGGAUGGAUUAUCUGGGCCAAAUGUGACAGCUGAUGCAGGAAGUCGACAACCAAAUGGUGAUAGGCCGUUCCAGUGCAACCAGUGUGGUGUCUCGUUCACCCAGAAGGGAAACCUACUGCGACACAUCAAGCUGCACACAGGCGAAAAACCCUUCAAAUGUCCCUUCUGUAGCUACGCCUGCCGGCGGCGCGAUGCUCUCACUGGUCAUUUGCGCACUCAUGCUGUUGGCAAACCACACAAGUGUAACUACUGUGGGCGCAGUUACAAACAGCGAACGUCCCUAGAGGAACAUAAAGAGCGCUGCCACAGUUACCUGCAAGGUAUUGGCUUGGAUCCGACAGCCAACACUGGCCCUUACGCAGGUGAGGUUCCAAAAGAGCCAAGGUCCAUGCCAGAGAACAACAACAUGGCUACCUUUGACCGGCCCCCUGUUAUUGAAAGACUGCAUAGCAAUGUUGGCAAAAGGAAGAGCACCACGCCUCAGAAAUUUGUGGGUGAAAAGAUGGUUCGAUACAGCUACCCUGAUAUAGGCUAUGAAAUGGGCCUUAAGCAGCCUGAACUGAUGCCAGCCCACAUGAUGGACCAGGCUAUCAGCAAUGCCAUCACAUACAUGGGAUCAGAUACACUUCGCCCCAUGCUCCACCAAGGUCCACCUCUCUCUAUGGCUGAGGUAGUGCCCAUGGUGAACCCCCUCUUCCACCAUGUCUUGCCACUGGGCCAAAGAACAGAGCGUCUAGGAAACUGUGACACACUGCCACCACAUCCGCCUCAGCCCCAUGACUUCCCUAGCCAACCCACCUCAAAUGGCCCCACUGCUUUAACCAGGCAGGGCAAGCCACCCCAAUCAGGCCAAGAAGAAUCUCCCAACAACAGUGGAGUUGACUCUGCUGACUCAGCUCGCAGCAGCCCUCAGGAGAGGCAGGGCUACCUGGGGAGCAAUCCCCCUCCCAGCCUCAGGUCUCGAGCAAGUCCAGCAGUGGUCUAUUCAGGUGAUCGGGUGACAACAGCAUCACCAAGAAGUGGUGCAGGGAUGGGGCCUGGGCUGAUGCGAGGGGCCACAGAGAGGCCUCUGAGCCAGGAAGGGGUGCGGGUGUUUGGACGAGAGGGUCAGGAAUUGCGUGCCUUCCAGUGCGAGCACUGUCGGGUACUCUUCCUGGACCAUGUCAUGUACACCAUCCACAUGGGUUGCCACGGGUACAGAGAUCCACUGGAGUGCAACAUCUGUGGUCACCGCAGCAAAGACCGCUAUGAGUUCUCUUCUCACAUAGUCCGUGGUGAACACACUUUCCAGUAAGCGGAUGGGAUGGGUAGAAAUUAAGAGGAAGACAAAGAAGGGAAAGGAGCAAUAGCCUGAUAUCCAUUCUUAUCCCCAGACCUCUGACUGCACAGUUGAAUGGCACUGUAGACAAGUGUAGCACAAUCAAAGACUUCUUUUUAAGCUACUUAUUGUGAAUCAGAACAGUUUUACAAUCAUAUGAAGGUAUGGGCCAAAGAAACAUUUUCUACAUAUUUAAUUAAUAAUUAAAUAUAGAGGAAGGAAGGUAAGUUUUUUUUUUUUCUCCCAAAAUGUUCAUGAAUUACAUAACAGAGCAGCUGUCAGAUGACUUUGAUGACUUUUUCUUUUUAGUUUUAUUUGGUCCUCCUUUGGUCUCCUUUUAUCCUUGUCUCUUCACCACCUUGUGGACUCAGUGUGGUGGAUAAAAUGAAAGUGUAAGUUCAACCAAGUAGAAUGUGAUAACUAAAACCAACAAAAUAGGUAUAAUACGAGAGGUAUAAUUAUUAUUAUUAUUAUUACCAUUCAGUGAUUAGCAGUAUGUCCUGGAAUAGGAAUUCAAAAAUGUCAAGAUUAUUUAGGUUAAAGAUAGAGAAGAGUCAUGGUAUUGAAUUGGCAUGAUCCGUGCUUUAAUUUUUUAUUGUUAUUAUUUUUUUGUCUCAGGCAUUGCCACAGCCAGUAAUUCACAAUGUUCAACAACAGUGUAAUGGUACGAAUAUCUGGUGCUGUGUGCUCUAGUGCAAGCAAUUUGGUGUCCCUUGGACACUGUCAGUGAACCAUAGACUUAUCAUAAAAUUACUAAAGACUCCCACAAUAACAAAUACAACAACAUACACAUUUUUGGGACCUUGAUACUGUAGAUUUAAGUUUAGAGAACCUAGAGGCUUUGGAUGUAAUCUAUGAAGAGAAGUGUCGAUACAAGUAGCAAAUGAAUGUGUGGUAAACACAAUCAAAAACUAGUUUUACAGAUGAAUAUAUCACAAUUUGUAAAUAAGUUACGGUAAUCAUAAUGUGUAUAUAUAUAUAUAUAUAUAUAUAUAUACACACACAUAAUUUAUGAAGUUUUACUUUACAUCUAGAAAGGCUAGAUAGCUAGCUGAUACUAGAUAACUACCUCUUAAAAACCACUUUGUAACAUUCAGUCGAUGCAGUAGUCUGCAUUGAUGCUAACGUGCAGGUUUGAAUAUUUGUAAAAAAUAAAUAAAUAAUGCAAACUAUUUUGACAUAUGUAUGCAAAUGUUGUAGGUUAAGUUGCAAGUAUAAUGAAUUUGGCAUUAAUAGAUGUAAUAAAUGUAUAAAAUAUACAUUUCAAAUUUUCAAACAUUUGUAAAUCUUUUUUGAUACCUCAUGAGAACAUAUUUGGUGCUUGUAUCAAGACUUACUUCUCUCCAUAGUAGCUUCUAUUCAGCUUCUAUUCAGUUUGCAUAGAACUGAAUAGAAGAACAAGAUAGAACUAUUGAUGAGGCAAAAUCGCACCAGCUUGAAAACAACAGACAGAGAACAACAGAGAAUACAGAAACACUUAGUUUCCACUAAUGGUUCUUGUUAACCCCAUAACCUUAAAAAGUUUAGCCAUGGCCAUAUUUUCUCUUCUACUCCUAAUGUAAAUGAUUAGAUCCUGAUAACUAACAUUUUGCAUUGCUUGCAGUGUUAGCACACAGUUAAAUUCCUAAACUUAGAGUAUCACUGUUUGUUAAAAACCGUCAGACUUCCAUACUGACUCUGCCUAAAAUGGCAGAGGGUGGUGAAGUAACUGUUUUCCUUUUGAUGCCUUCUAAACCUAGAAGUUGGCUUGAUUAUGAUCAUUUAUGGGAAUGGAUACCACUGAUGUACCUCACUUUAUGCUUUAGGCCUGUGUGUAUAUAUAGUGUAAGGCGUGUGCUUUUUUUUCCAGGGCUUGGGAUUGGGUCAGGUGGGAUCUACAUUAUUGGUAAAGUUUUUUAGCACAGUAAAUACAUGCUUAUAUGUCUGGUUUCAAUGCCAUCUUUCAUCCUAUUUGUCUGCUAUGACAAAUACAGGGAAUCAUCACGUGGACAGAUGCUUUGUCCACGGAACCUUAAAAUUUUGCCUAGCAGAGCUUGAAUUGAAGCUGAAUGCCUAAAAUUUAUUUCAUUAUGGGAAUUGAGGGAAUUCUCAAUGUGUUGGUUUCUUGGUUUUUCAGCUGAUCUCAUUUGAUCCUCACAAACACCAUCUCACACACAAGCACACACACACUAAUGACUUUUCCUCGCUGUUUGAAUCUUGCUCUUUGCAUUGGCAUAAUGUUGCCACAUUCGUAUAUGACAUUUUGCAGAAGGAAUCAAGAACAAGACAGCAUGAGCAAGAGGAAAAGUGAAAGAAGUGUGGUUACCACAUAGUACUACUCUGAAGGCACUUCCCAAAACCGUAGCAUUCCGACUCACCUCUGUAAACCUCCUCUAAAAUUAAAAGCCCAUGUAUGCAAAAUGUAAAUGGUGAGAAGGGGAUUCUCACCUCCAAAUCCUUUGUCCUUCAUCUACAGUAUGUUGAAGGAUUGUGGAUUUUGAUUCAAUUGCAGCUCUUCUAUAGUUACUGUCUCUGCCUGUGAAAGGACUCAGAUAUGACUGUGCUUUAUACAGUUGGCCAUGCACUUUAUGUCCAUGCCCUGCCUAUAGGCAGCAUUGUUUGUUUGUUGUUACAUUAAAGUGUAGGUAGAGUGGAGAACCAUCACUGACAGAACAUGGGUUAGUCUUUUGUUUUAAAAGAACAAUCUUGGAGUAGCACAUUGGAAAUUAAGACUCCAUGUAUGUAGGUUUUGUUAUGCUGUCUGAACAUGUUCAUUGGCAUUAUUAUUCUCACACUGGUCAGUUCUCUAACAUCAUGAACAGUUGAUUAUUCUCCAAGGUUAAACUCAGUGAGCUAUUCUUCUAUGUUCAGUAUCUACUUGUGAUCAAAAGGCAGCUUUUUCUCUGUUUACAUGUUGCUUCUCUAUUGCGCAACUGGUGCCCAGCUGGCAUAAAAUGUACUGUCUGUAAAGUAUUGGCACUGGAAAUUGUUUACACCUUGCAGCUGUGAUAUUGACUAUACAUUCCUCUACUAUAUUAUUCCUGUAUAUAUUUAUUAUCUGAAAGCCUUAUCUGUUUAGACAGGGGUUCUUCUAAAACAACACAUCCUUUUAACUGUCCUAUUGUAAAACAUUAGUUAAUGGUACCCUGAUUUCGUGAUUCCCUUUCAGAGGGAAUAAGUUGAAUUGGGACACACACACACACACACACACACACACACACACACACACACACACACACAUACACACACACAUAUAUAUAUAUCCCCAGUACAAUUUUUUUUCUCUCAUAGUAAUGACAUCCUUAGUUGUAUACACAUUCUUUAACUGAAGCAGCCAUAUGAACAAAAAGCAAGUAAAAAAAAGGUCUGUCAGCCCUCCCUUGUGAGUGAAUUACUUGAAAAUCAGAAUCAGUGGUAUUGUUUCAGAUUGAUGGGAUGUUUUGUAAAUUUUGAAAGUGAGUGUGCUAAAUGUCUAUUUUUCUGCUGAAAUGUUAACGCAAAUAGUUUUGUGAACUUUGUGCAUUUUUUAAGUUGAAAAAUGUUUACAAAAAUGUAAAAGACAGGGUUCAGGUGCAUUGUAUUUUUUAAGAAUUAAUAUAUGAAUGGUGAAUAUUUUGGCACUGAAUAUUGACAUAAUCCAAAAAUGUGUGCUGAUUGACCAUCUCUGAUGUUGAAACCAACUUUCUGAUGUGAGGGCUCUCAGGUAUUUGCAUAGAUUGUGUAUUUUUAUGUCCUAAAAUAUGUGAUUUAUUUAUCAAAAAAGAUGCACAUUAAUUGAAAUUCUUUCUCUUGACUUAAAUCAGUCCAGUACUGAAUGUGGUGAAGGAAGUUGGAGGAUUGUUCAGCCCUGUUUUUUUCAACGUCAGUCACAAUACAUGAAGACACACUGCUGUGAAGAAUACAAUGUAUAUUUUUGAGGCAUGGGUUUCUCUCUAUUAAAGAAAUUGUUUUACUGCCUUUCCUGUUUUGUGAAUUUUGAAACAGGAAGUGAGACAUUGUUAUAUAGUUUUCUUCAAGACAGGCAAACUGUAUCUUACUUGCAAUUAAAAUAUUUUCUUGUGAGAAAAGAA